GUGCACUGUGUCCUUCGGACACAGCGGAUCACCGAUCACGGAAAGAGCCGAAGAUGUCGGCUCGAUCAUGUGAUCAGCUGUGUCCAAUCACAGCUGAUCACUGAUCAUCAGGGCACUGAUGAUCAGUGUGCCCUGAUGAUCUAUGUAGCCCCAGCAGUGACACCUGUCAGUGUCCGCCAGUGCUCAUCAGUGCCACAUCAGUGCCUACCAGUGCACAUCAAUGCCACAUAUCAGUGCCCAUCUGAGCUGCCUUUCAGUGUCACCCAUCAGUGCCAGUCAGUGCUGCCUAUCAGUGUGCAUCAGUGCCGCCUAUCAGUGCCUGUCAGUGCCGCCUAACAGCGCCAGUCAGUGCCGCCUAUUAGUGC